AUGGAUUUUACUCAUUGUUUUAAGCAUUCCACUGGCUUUCAAGGAGGUGAAGGUAUUAGAAAUAUGAUAUUGGAUCCAUUAUGUCAUAGGUUUAGAUGUAGAAAUUUCAAUUGCAAUGUUUUCUAUCCCAAGCAUGGAUCAAAAACUUGCUCCCUGAGGAAAAUAAGGAGAAUCAUGGAGUAUAGUAGUUGUUUAAGUUCAAAUUUGAUUUUUGAAGGAAACUCUGAUAAUCCUUUGUGCAGAACGUAUUUGGCUACCUCAUUUUUUUAUGAUUUACCUGAUGUAUUCAUAGUAAGAGGAGUUAGAUCGCAUUGCCAAGGUAAUGAGUCUUUAGCGUGUACUGAUGGGAAUGGUCGGAAUGUGGAAUUUCCUGAGAGUAAUGAUGAUAGUUCAAGUAAUUCUGUAUCCAAUGGUCUAGUAGAAGAGGUGAGAAAUCUAAAUGGUCAAGUGAAAACACCUACUGUAUAUGUGUUGAGGAAAUUGGUGCAGAAGGCAAUGGGGGAAUUGGAAGUGGCUCAUCUUAACAGUAGGAUGUUUGAGGAAAAGGUUCAAAAAAUAUCAGAAGCCGCAAUAGCCUUGAAGGACAAAGCAACUAAAGCUUGGAAUGAUGUUAGUAGCACGCUUAAUGUGAUCCAAGACAUUGUCAAUGAAGAGUAUAUUGCUAAAGAGGCUGUUCAAAAAGCAACAAUGGCACUAUCUUUAGCUGAGGCAAGGCUACAGGUGGAAGUAGACUUGGUUGAACCUCUGGAAAAGGGAAAUGGUUCCCUAGAAAGUUAUGGAAAGAGUGAUGUUCAAAUGGAUGUUAGGGAAGAUAAUGGAGCGCUAUUGGCCGCACAAUAUGAGAUUGGAAAAUGCCAGGGGAAGUUGGCAAAUUGUGAAGCAGAGUUAAGACAAGUGCGGAGUAAAAAGGAGGACUGGCAGAAAGAAGUAGAGAGAUUGAAUAAGGUUGCCGAGAACUCACAGAUGGAUGCCUUGAAAGCUGAGGAAGAUGUUGCAAAUAUCAUGCUUUUAGCAGAGCAAGCUGUUGCUUUUGAAGUUGAGGCUAUAAAGCGUGUGAAUGAUGCUGAGAUUGCCCUUAAAAGAGCUGAAAAGUCUCUUUCUAAUUUGACUGUUGAUAGGAAAGAGCUCACGCCAGCAUCAGUUGCCCAGGGUCUUAUGGAGUCUGCAAGGAAACAAAUUCCUAAGCUGGUUGUAGGAUUACUUCUCUUUGGAGCUGGGGUUGCUUUCUAUGCUAACCAGGCAGAGAGGAGUGCUCAGUUGCUGCAGCAGCCAGAGGCCAUUACCUCUAGAAUAGAAGUUUCUGCAAAUGCAAAGCCUCUGAUCCAAAAAAUACAGAAAUUUCCUAAAAGAUUAAAAAAACUAGUUGCAAUGCUUCCUCAUCAAGAGAUGAAUGAGGAGGAGGCCUCUGUCUACGAUAUGCUGUGGUUACUUCUUGCAAGUGUAAUUUUUGUGCCGAUAUUUCAGAAAAUUCCUGGAGGCAGCCCUGUUCUUGGGUAUUUGGCUGCUGGCAUCUUGAUUGGACCAUAUGGUCUAUCCAUAAUCCAUCAUGUGCAUGGGACCAAAGCAAUUGCUGAAUUUGGAGUUGUUUUUUUGCUGUUCAAUAUCGGCCUUGAGCUAUCUGUUGAAAGGUUAAGUUCCAUGAAGAAAUAUGUUUUCGGAUUAGGCUCUGCCCAGGUCUUGGUGACAUCCGUUGCAGUUGGCCUUGUUGCUCAUUUUAUUUCUGGGCAGCCUGGUCCAGCAGCAAUAGUGAUUGGGAAUGGCCUGGCAUUAUCUUCAACUGCUGUUGUCUUGCAGGUAUUACAGGAGCGAGGUGAGAGUACUUCCCGCCACGGACGUGCUUCAUUUUCUGUCUUGCUUUUUCAGGAUUUGGCUGUUGUUGUUUUGCUUAUACUCAUACCUCUUAUCUCCCCAAAUUCAUCAAAAGGAGGGGUUGGUUUUAGAGCCAUUGUGGAAGCUCUCGGACUGGCUGCUGUUAAGGCAUCAGUUGGCAUCACUGCAAUUAUUGCUGGUGGACGGUUGUUGCUCCGACCAAUUUAUAAGCAAAUAUCUGAAAAUCAAAAUCCAGAAAUAUUCUCUGCCAAUACUCUCCUCAUUAUUCUAGGGACAAGUCUACUAACUUCUGGGGCUGGACUUUCCAUGGCGUUGGGAGCAUUUCUAGCUGGUUUGCUUCUUGCAGAGACUGAAUUCUCUUUGCAGGUUGAAUCGGAUAUUGCCCCAUACCGUGGCCUCUUAUUGGGUCUCUUCUUCAUGACGGUUGGCAUGUCCAUUGACCCGAAGCUUCUUAUUUCAAAUUUCCCUGUUGUUUUGGGGUCAUUAGGACUCUUAAUUGUUGGAAAGAUUAUAUUGGUGGCAUUUGUUGGUAAACUUUUUGGUAUUUCAAUCAUAUCUGCUAUAAGGGUUGGUCUUCUUCUAGCUCCAGGAGGAGAAUUCGCAUUUGUAGCUUUUGGUGAAGCUGUUAAUCAGGGUAUAAUGUCUUCUCAACUAUCUUCAUUGUUGUUCCUUCUUGUGGGGAUCUCAAUGGCCCUCACACCAUGGCUUGCUGCUGGAGGUCAGUUAAUUGCCUCUCGUUUUGAGCUGUACGAUGUUAGGAGUUUAUUGCCUGUUGAAAGUGAGACUGAUGAUUUGCAAGAUCACGUCAUCAUCUGUGGAUUUGGACGGGUUGGGCAGAUCAUAGCUCAGCUUCUUUCAGAACUGCUAAUUCCAUUUGUUGCUCUUGAUGUUAGAAGCGAUAUGGUGGCCAUGGGGCGUGCACUGGAUCUUCCUAUUUAUUUUGGAGAUGCUGCUAGUCAAGAGGUCCUUCAUAAAGUUGGUGCUGAAAGAGCGUCUGCUGCAACAAUAACCUUGGAUACUCCUGGUGCCACUUGCAGAACUGUCUGGGCUCUGAGCAAGUAUUUCCCUAACGUGAAGACUUUCGCUCAGGCUCAUGAUGUUGAUCAUGGCCUUAUUUUGGAAAAAGCUGGGGCAACGGCUGUCGUGCCGGAGACCUUGGAACCAAGUCUGCAGUUGGUCGCCGCUGUUCUUGCACAGGCUAAACUAUCGGAAUCGGAGAUUGUUUCGACAAUCAACGAAUUUCGGUCCCGCCACCUUGCAGAGCUAACAGAGCUAUGCCAAGCUAGUGGAUGUUCUCUUGGUUAUGGUUUUUUUGGAGUCAAGAGUAAAUCCAAAACUCAACCGUUAGAUUCUUCAGAUGAAAACCACUCUACUGAAGGAACUUUGGCAAUAUGACAGGUAAUUCCGUUGCCACAAAAUAAAUAAGAGAGAAAAAUGGGAGGUAACUGUAUAGAAUAAAUUCAUGCCCCGGUGUUGCAAGUCGUACAUAAAUAGACCAAAAUGGGGUAGAAGCAAAUGCAUAGUGGACUUUUCGCUGAG